UCCGUGUGCGGAAACAACGUUCGAUUUUUAGCUCGUUAAAGAGAAGCUCAAACGAACAUUAUUUAACCAAUUAAUUAGUAAAUAAACUACCUUCCCAAUUUUUUAAAUGAAUGAAAUUGUCAUCCGCAAUACAUAAUAUGCCCUUGAAAGGAAAUAUUUUUGUGGUCCGUGUGUGUCAAAAAGGUGGGUUAAAAUUCCUAACCAAAUUACCUAAAUGACAAAGCGAUGAGAAAAGAGGUUUAAAUCAAAUCCGGCAGUAGAAUCAGCUGGUUAGUUAAAUGGUAAUGAAUCCGAUGUUUUUUAAAGCGCACCUGGUAUAUGUAUGUGUUAAAUUAAAAGCGAUAUGGUCGUCGAAUCCGAGCCCGACGUAGGAAACAAAGUGCGUCCCAAAAUAAUGUAGAUUAUUAUCGGACCGCAUUACUAAACGGUAUGGGUAUGUGUUGGUGCAAAGAAAAGUCGGAGGAACGCGACAUUUACGUGCCGCAGAUUACCACUGUGGGGCAGGACGUGAGCGUCUUGUCUCCCGUAACCCCAAUCCGGCCUCCAGUCAUUUACGGCAGGCCGCUCAAAACUGUAGAAGCGGCGGUCGUCGAUCGCCUCGUUCUUGAAACCUUGGGAGUCAUAGAAACCCUAGUUGACAAUGAGCAGGAACCGCCUGCUUCUAUGCUACUACUACACAAUAUUGCCGACAACGAGGAAGGAUGGAUACAGGUAGUGAAUUCCAUGAUCAACGUCAUACCUAUAUCCGACCCUCUGGGACCUUCAGUGAUCACAUUGCUCCUCGACGACUGUCCCUUGCCCUCUAAAGAGUCCAUCAUCAAGGUGGUAAAUAUGUUUUCGUUAUCGACAGAGACGGCGUUAACGGGACGAAAUAGCCCCCCGCGGCAGCGUAACAUUUGCGUGGCACUGGGCAGUAUAGCAGAAAAAUUGGCCGGACCGAGGAACUCAGAAAUUUUAACGGAGAGUGUCCUCGAUUACCUUUUAACCAACCUGGAGCCCGACACGGACCCCAAUGUGAUUUUAUUUUCGCUGAUAGCAUUGGAGAAGUUUGCUCAGACCAGUCAAAAUAAGGUGACGAUCUUGAACAGGAUCGGACAGGUGCAGCCUUGUCCCAUUUUGGGCUUAGAGAAGUGGAAGGAUGCCAAGGAUUACGUGGAGAGGCAGGUUGGGUUCUGCGCCCAGUGGAUUUUGGAUAACAUAUUCGUGAUGGAGGGUCGCGACUAUUCCUAUCAGUCGGUCAAUAUGGAUGGGGUUAACGCGAUGCUAAACACCUCAGACGUGAGCGAAUAUCUGAAAAUCUCGCCAGACGGUCUCGAGGCCAGGUGCGACGCGUACUCCUUCGAGAGCGUGCGGUGCACCGCCCAAGCGGACCAGGGUACAUGGUACUACGAGGUGUUGAUCAUCACGCCCGGCGUGAUGCAAAUUGGAUGGGCCACCAAACACAGCAACUUUCUCAAUCACGAAGGUUACGGGAUAGGGGACGACCGGUAUUCUUUAUCGUACGACGGGUGCCGGAAAUUGAUAUGGUACAACGCAAAAUCGGAUCCGCAACUGUUACCCAGGUGGAAAGCGGGCGACAUAUUGGGGUGCCUUUUGGACUUGGACAACCAGCGGAUAGUGUUCUCGGUCAACGGGGUCAGUCUGCCGCCCAGCGUGCACGUGUUCACCAUGGCCAAGUCGGGAUUCUUCGCUGCUGCCAGUUUCAUGUCGUUCCAGCAGUGCCGGUUCAAUUUCGGCUCGGAACCGUUCCGGUACCCGCCCGAUGUCCCCUACUCGUCUUUCAAUGAGCAGGGGACGCUGAGGAGCGAGGAAAAAAUCGUGUUACCCCGUCACAUUUACCUGAACCAGUUGAGACAGCAGAAUAUAGGCGAGGACAGUUGCACUCUGUGUUACGAUCAGAAAGCAUCCGUUCGGCUCAUUCCUUGCGAGCAUUCCGGUUUUUGCGGGUCCUGCGCUAGUCAGUUGGUCGAGUGCCCCAUGUGUCGUUCGCAGUUCCAACUCGUGGUCGAAGACAAUCCUGCCUCUUGACGAAACGAUUGAGUCGCACGGACUUUGUUAUAUUUACCUAUCGUUUAAGAAACGGGUUAAUUUUUAACGUUUGUUUUUAUUCGUUUAACUCACUGUAUAUAUAUUUAUAGUAUUUACUUGUGUGCGGACCGACCGCGCUUUGUACAUAUCCAAAUCAUGUCCCGGUGGUUGAACUUGACCUUAUUCAGAGUUUAUUUUCCGGGGAGCGAUGUAUAUUUUUUUGUAAUUCCUUUUACGCAUUGAAAUAUAUAUUCGUUGUUAUGAACAA